AUGAGCGAUGAAGAAGCGUUGAAACUCAAAGCCGAGCUUCUCGAAAGCGGAAUGCCCAAAGACGGUCCCAAACCUUGCGAUAACUUUCCUGAAUAUGCCGCAGGGCAAUUGUAUAAAGAUGCGUUGAGAGGGAGAAAAGCCAGAGUAAUGGAGGAGGUGAUGAAAGGCUCGAAAGAAGCGUUUGUAAGUUUUUUUCAUAGCUUAUUAGAGCAGUAGUUUUUUCAUGAAAACUAUUGAGGUAAAAUACGCUGAUAGCCGUUCAGUGAAAAAUUUAGAAAGAAAUUUUCAGCGAAAAGAAGGUUUUUAAAACCCCAAAUAUUGUGUGUAUUAUAUACAGGGCAGAUAUUCUGAGAUUCUGAGAUCUCACGUAUCAGUCUGUCGGGAAAAUAAUGAGCACUAUGUCGCUGCGCCAAUCGCGUGGCUAAAGUAAAAAGCAGGUUGAUUUUAUCGCGACAAAAUUCAUUCUCUUGGCGGCGAUGCGAUUUUCGACGCGGCAGAGCGUUCAUUAUUUUCCCGACUGACUGAUAUUGAGAUCCACUACUAGCUUGACCGUCAGUUUUCUUGAAAUCUCAAACCUUCUUCCAGCUUCCUUUACAACGAGUCCGCGGAUUCUACGACCUCUGCGUUAAGCAUCAACGCCUCUUCGACCGCAAAUUCCAACCCGGCGUUAGUGCAGCGGAUGCUGAGCAAAAUCGCGCGCGACUUCGAGAUUUCAUCGGCAACAAUGAAUUCGUAAACAACGACUUGUUCGCCAGCGAGUACAAGUACACUCUCAAAAUCCUUUUUACGUACGGAUCAACGUUUUUUGACGAAAAUACGAUGGGAAAAAAUAUUUUGAUUGUAAGACCGGAGAAGGUCCCGUUUAAGCCAGAGGACGAGUGUCAAGCGGUGAUUGGAAAAGAAAAAUGUAAAGACAUCGCGAAUACUGUGUUUGAUGUGUCGUUUAAAGAUGAUUUGCCUGUAACAAUUUACUUUCCAAGAGCGGUAAGUGGAGUGGCGGGCUGAUUAGUCAGCAAAGGGAACUGAAAAAAGGGGUAAAAUACGUGAAACUCAUAAUGGUUUAAACAAAUUUGCAGUAGAAUACAAACGUUUGUUUGCAAACUUUCAUUUCUCAAUCUGUCGGGAAAAUAAUAUCGUUUCGUCGCAGUAGCACACUAAAUCACCAGCCGCGGCUAUACUAGUCCUUCCGUAAAGUCGCUGGAAUGAUUUCGGCGGCGCGCACUGUGCAAGAAAACUUAGGGUGCGAGCGACGUCCCAAAAAAGCUCAUUGCACUGUGCAAAAAGCCAAAAAUUGCACAGUGCAAAGUGAACUUUCGGUUUCGCGGGGUGCAUGUCGCCGAAAACAUUCCAGCGACUUUACGGACGGACUAGUAAAAGGAUCACUGAAAAAAUACAAUAUGCUUGAGGGCAUACGCCUUGGCUGGUGUUAAAAAUUAUGCUCAUCGUCCUUGUAGGUCCCUAAAAGUUGUCUUAAGAUAACUGAGCCAUGUCGCUUACUCAAGGUGACCGAGAAAACUCUAGUUAUUUCAGGUGAUCAGAAAGUUUUUUCCGCCAAUUUUUGGAAAGCUUGCAUAACUCGCCUAAGGACAGAGAUGCGAAAAACAUUUUUACGUGGCAGAUUCUGCUUGUCAUGGCUAGUAUCCGUGCCAAGUUUUAAAGUGAUUGAGUUAAAUUCGCUUGAGAUAUGGGUGGUCAGAAAUUUAUGUCCGGGAGUAAAGACGUCAAAAAGAUGAUGGGCGAUUUCAAGACACGACAGUCCACAUUAUUUUCCCGACAGGCUGAUAACAAAGUCUGUCUGUAAAAAUUACAGACUUUGUUACCAAUUUCUGAGGUUACAAGGAUUACAUAUAUAGCCUAUAAAUUGAUUGGUCCCUUGCAAUUUUUUCUACAGAAGCCUAUAUAGCUACAGUUUCAAAAUAUUUCAAUUUUCCGUAGACUAAGCUCUAUUAUCAUUGUAAUACUUCCAGCCGGAAGACCGCAAAGCCCUGUUCCAAGAGUUCUGGACCAUCUACAACUCUCCGGAGCCGGGUUGGUAUCCUGGUUGCUACGAAUUCCUCAGUGAUGUGUUCCCCAUUUUCUACAAGAAAAUGCUUUUCAAUUACCUCGACGCCAAUGAGCAACCGAUAAGCGAUUUGAAUACGGAUCUAAAGGUCAUCUGGACUGACAUUUUGGAGCAAAUUGAUGACACUAUCCGAACACUGAAUGUGACAAUGGACCGAAAACAAGACUAUCUUAAGGAAUUCCAUGAGAAUUUGGAGUUUAUGGAUAUCCAGCAUCCAAUUUUUGAGCAAGCGACCUUUGAGAAAUAUUUUGAUUUUGUCGACUUCUCCCCAGUCCCCGAAUUGUAUCAGAACCGACAUUUGUGGAGUAUCCGGCCAAUGAUUGAAUAUUACAUUCGUGGGGGUUCGAGCAAUUUUUAUACGGCUAGUCUGACGGUAGGUGCUGAAAAAUCGUUGUAUGAAGAAGGCGUUAGCUUCCUCAUACGAGUGUUGCCCGCAAAGCUCAGAUUCUUUUCUAAUUACGAGGCCGUAUUUGGUCUAGGUGCGUAAUACAAAGUGGUCCAUUUGAAACGGCAUAGAACGGCCAAUCCAAAAUAUAUUUUUUUGAAACUGCAUCGGUUGAAAAUGGUGGGUCUCAGCUCUAGAAAAAUCUAAAUUUUAUUGUUAGGAAAAUCGGCGGAGCUUCCGCGGAGAACUCUAAAGAAAAAAAUUACCCGUUUUGAGUUCGAGGCCCACCGUGUACAAUCUCUGAUUCUUUGACCUUACGCCCUACGGGACAGUCGAGACUUUAACGAACUUUGUCGACAAAAGUGAACCAAAAAAUCAAUCGCGCGUCAAUCGCGUCGCUAAACUGCAAUUUGAUUUUUCCGCUACACAAUUCAUUUCCUUGGCGGCGAUCGACGCGAGAGAGUGCUCAUUAUUUUCCCGACAGAGUAAUAUUUUCCACUUGCGCGACAAAUGGCCGGCUUCUGAUCUUUUACUUUACUCAAAAAGUUACCAAAUUUUAGCAACUUUUUCAGUUGGUUAUAAAAAAAUGUCGCCAGACUGACGGAAUAUUCUUUUGAUUUUUUGAUAUCAAUUUUUUCCUCAGAAUCAGCUUGGUCUUUUUAAAGACUAUAUUACAAAAAUUAAUUGCAAAAUAUCUCCGUUAAAUUUUCGAUUUCAGCAACCAGCUUCGAUUAGUCGUGUUGGAGACAAAGUUUAUAUUGGACGUGGGUUUGAAGCCUUCACGUACCCGUUACAUCACAAAUCUUUCCCUCCAUCAAUCACCUAUUCCAACUUUAUCUUUGCCCUUGGCGAAGAACAACGUAAGUAUAAAUAAACAGGAUAAAAUAAACAGUAAAGCGAUGCUACACGUAUUUUAAAAUUGUUAAUUUCCAAUUUCCAGUGAGCGGAAUGAUCUUCAACGCCUACUCCAAACGGAAUGAGCUGCAUCUGCGGAAAAACAGAAUUCAAGGGGCGGAAAAUGCAAAAAUAAAUUCCCUGUCGGAAGACCAACUGUAUUUCAUCAAUCUGGCGCAAACUAUCGUCCUAGAACAAGCUCAAAACCGGAUAGAUCCGUUUGCCGAUCCCGAUGCUAAGAUUUGGAGACUCUUCAAAUGCCUGAGGGGAUUUUCUAACUCGUUCCGAUGCAAACCCGGAGAUAACUUUUUUUCUGAAGAGGAUUGUAAAAUUUUGCUGCCAAAUUUGUCCGCAAAUUACAGCUUGUCGUAUUAUCAACCGAUUCAGCCGGUCAGAAAGUUGCUUGGAUUCUGAGGACACCAAUGAAUUUUUUUAUAAUUUUCGAUCAUCCUAAAGGUUAAUAUAAUUCUUAACGGACACAUUGUAAUUAAAAAAGCCUCUAGUCUUGCAUUUAAUUAUGUGAAAUUCAUUAUUUUUCUGUCAAAUCUUUAUAAUUUUCUUUUAUAAAAAUGAAAAUGAAAAUUUCUCUUUGCUAUGUUUUUCUAUGUAAAAUAACCUUAAUCUUGGCUCAAGACAGAGAAGAAAACUACCUGGCAAAGAAGUAUGACAUGAUCGAGAAGAUGAUGAACACCAGUGUGGAUCCAUGCGAUGACUUUGUAAAAUAUGCGGCUGGGAAUUUCGAUCCUCAAACGAGAUUUGACGUUUUGAAGGAGACGCUGCGGAAUAUUUUGAUGUUCACGGCGAUUGCGGAUCAUGUAAGCGAACAAAUGUUUUUUGGCAAGCAGAAAGUGGUAUACGUAUAUACCGUAAAAAUAUUUCCGGGAUGUCUAACAAUCCCUAAAAAUUUGGGACUUGAUAGAUAAGCCAAGAAAUCAAAAAAUCCUUUUUUUCCGAGGGAGUACGGCAAAUCAAGAGAGUGGACAAAAACCCUUACAAUUAGUAUCUAUCUAUUUGCGAACGGGAAGGUAGUUUUAUUCGCACAUACAUUGUACACACGUCAGGCAUAGGCCACAUACACAUCCUGAAAGUUCUACAGUGGCGGAGUCCAGUGGCAAAAACGUACCGUUUUGCAUCCCUCCCAAGUGAAAAAGCUCCAAUUUCAAAACCAUGCCCCUUCUUUUUGCAAGGGAAAGGGCGCGCAGUUCAAAAAGUAGUUCUCUUUUAGUUGGAAAGGGAGGCAUUUUGCCACAUUUUUAAUACUUCCCAGAUGCAAAAUGAUACGUUUUUUGCCACUGGAUCAGGUCCCGCACUUUAGCUGGUGCGUUGCAGGCGUAAACGAAAAAUUCAACGCCCUUUGCCGCAGAGAGAGUUCACAAAACCCGGGGAGCCGUCAGAAAGAAAACUUUUAGGCCAUAUCCUUACCCGUUUUGCGCUGAUCCAUGCAUAAAAAAUCUGAGCGUCGUAUUCCUGAAGACCUAUUAUCUUCGUGCUUUUCAGAUAGACUCGAUCCGAAAAGUCCGUCAUCUUUAUUUCCAAUGCCAGCAAGGUUUUCUACCAGCCGAGCCAACAAUUGAUGAGCUCGUGGACAGCGCCAUAAAAGAAUAUCCCGAGGUUCUUUUUCCUCUCAAAGAAGAUUCGCCCAUCGCUAAAGAUGACGUCAAAUUUUGGGAGCUGAUCAAAAAAUUGUACAAGUCUUUGUUCGACAAAGGCUCUCGACUCUGGGACCUGGGGCUGGCUUCUGUAGCUUCACUGACCAUUACACUCCCUAAUCCGCAUAAAAUAUUGCCCGACAAUGAAACUACAGCGGCUUGGUAAGCAAAUUUCUUUGGAUCUUAUGUUGUUUUAGGGGAGUUUACAAGACCAAGACAAAGCAGACAGGCGAAUGGCCCCCGCCAGAGUAUCCUGACUUGUUGCCCAGAAGUAUCGAAGAAGCGAAAGAAAGAUCGGAACUGAUCUCGUUUGUUUUUGGAAUCCCGGGAUUUGAUGCGUCCAAUUAUACGGUUAUCGUCCCCGAUUUUACUGUAGAUGAGGAAGAAGAGGAGGUAAGUUAAGUAAACUGUUUCCGAACGGAUGGCAUUGAUCAGUCUAUAGCGCUAGAAGAAAUAGAAGAAAUUUAGACUUUUAAUAUUUCUAACAAGGAAAGUACUUCUAUGGGGUAUGGAGUUACAGGUCGAGACAUAUAUGAAAAAACUCGCAAAAGGUCUCUGAUUCAGAAUAUGUAGAAAUGAGCUGCCUAAUUUUGGUUUGUAAAGGCGAAAAAACCUUCUGAAUUUGUAACUCCAUACCCCAUAGAAGCACUUUCCUUGUAAGGCAUACAAGAUUCAUAGCUCGCGCUUUGCGGAAAAAUGUGACACUUUUUUACACUUUUUGACAUGAAAAUUUCCACACCUUGUUUUUUCCGUUUCUUACCAAAAAAUUCACUUUUCCCUAAGAAAUCGCUCUUCGCCUUUUACGUACUCUCCUCGACCGCGGAUACCGCAGAGUAUCUGGGCUUCCCGGCGAAGGGCGAGCCAAUUUUUUAGGACUUGAUGACUCGCCUAUGCCGUCAUGGGCAAAAUUAACGAAACUUUGAGCGUUGCACAUGUAAUACUUUCCUUGUUAGCUAGCUAAAAAAACUUAUAAGAGAUGCCUUAUUAGUUUUUAAAAAUUUUCAGCCAAUCAGCCGACAUGACUUCGCCAACGCUUUAUUCGAAAACGUCAUCUCCCGGAACGGCAGGUCCUUCAAAAAAUGUGAAGUCGACAUCCUGCGGAUGUUCCCACUACAAGUUUACAAGCUUUUUUACGAAGCCAACAAACGAGACACAGCGAAAUACAAAAAACUGAAGGAAGUUUACUUCGAAUACUCGACCAAUUUACUGCAAGAAGCCGAGAAUAUGCUGGUCAACAGUGAAAUCUUGACGAACGAAAGCAAGGACUUGUUGCUGAACGAGCAAAAACAAAAUACUUUUGCGUUUUUUGAACAUCCUUUCUUCGAAAAUCGGAAUUUCCCGCAUGCCACGGCCGACACGGAUAUUACUCGUCCUGGCGCAUCGUUUUACAAGAAUAAUAUCCGCCAGAUAUUGCGGUAUGACAAUGAAUAUCAUGAGAAUUUGUUGAAGGUUCGGGAGUUUUCGGUGGGUAAAAUUUUUAUUAUUUAUGAACACAAUUUUGCAAAUAAGAUUUUUGAUGACUAAAAAAUUGAUUUCUUCGCAGAUUGACGCCCAACAUUCGACGAAAUUCAAGUACAAUGUUGUCGACUGGGGAUACUUUCUCAAGCCUCUGUUUGAGCAAUCAUUUCCUCCCGUUCUGAUGUUCUCAACUUUCGGAUAUGUGAUGGGACAUGAAAUUGGCCAUAGUCUGAUUUUACGUAAGUUUUUGAAAGAUUGCUUGACUGUACUGUUCAGAAACUACUUAUUAUUAUUAUACUUAAAAGAGAGUUUUUUACAACUCGAAGGAUGGCCCGGACAUUUCGAAAAAACGACCAACUCAGAAUCGUUUGAUAUUUUGCUUAGUUGUUGUACUAUGAUAGCUGAACGUCAGCGCGAAUUUUUAGUUUCUGAAGUUACCGUAUACGGGGGUUACGGUAGGUACAAUUUUCACAAAGAUUGGGUCCGUGUGUAAAAACAUCGAGGAGUAAAAGCGCAAAACCUCGCUGUUUUACGUUUUUGACCAUGGGGAACAUUUUCAUAAUUGACAACUUUACCGAAGGAUGUUGCCUUCGACUACUUUGAAAAAUACCAAGGUACCAUAUUGAAUGUAACUUUUUUUCAGAGAACUUGUCUCAACUUUUGAAACCUCUCAAAUAUACUUUGACAUGUAUGUAACAACAUAUCAAAAAUGCGCGAAAAUAAAAGGGGUGGUUUUGGAGUUACGGUACUUUGAAGGCAGCCGGUACCGUAUAUCAAAAAAUAUUUUUUUCCAAAAUCGGUGUAGAAGACCCGCAAAAUUGCCAAAAUACGUUUUCGACCAUGGCGAACAUUUUUGUAAUUGACACUUUUUUUGUAGGAUGUAGUCUUCGACCGCUAUGAGAAAUGUCAGGAUACCAUGUGUAAUGUAACUCUUCGGCAUUCUACUUGUCUCAACUUUUGAAACCUCUCAAAAAUACUUUGACAUAGGUGUACCAACAUAUCAAAAAUGCGCGAAAAUAAAAGGGGUGGUUUUGGAGUUAUGGUAAUUUGAACGUGGCCGGUACCGUACAUCAAAAUUUCCUUUUUUCUAAACUUGACGUAGCAAACCCGUAAACGUCGCCAAAAUACGUUUUCGACCCUCACGAACAUUUUUGUAAUUGACACUUUUUUGUAGGAUGCACUCUUCAACCGGUAUGAGAAAUAUCAAGAUACCAUGUUCAAUAUAACUUUUCGGCAUUUUACUUGUCUCAACUUUUGAAACCUUUUAAAAACACUUUGACAUAUGUGUAACAACAUAUCAAAAAUUUAGGAAAAUAAAAGGGGUGGUUUUGGAGUUAUGGUACUUUUAAUCUUGAUCAUACAGUACACCAAACUUUUGUUGUGCUGCUGACAUCCGAAUUUGGAAGAUUCCACCGUCGUAUGGCAUACACGAGUCUACACCGUGGUAAUCGUUGCAAAAAAAAAUAAGAAAUCGCUGAUCUUGCUGUUACAGUAACCAAUUAUAUACGCACGAUAUGUUACAGUACGCUUAGGCCUAAAUUUUCUGAAUUUCCUAGUGAAAAUAGUUUCUGAGGGUCGUGCAACAUACAUAAAACAUUACAUCUUGUUUUUAAAAUAAUCUGCGUAAAGUUUAGCCGAGAAUAAAUCUAGGUCUACUGUAUGUCCAACAUUCAAAGUGCCAUAACUCCAAAACCACCCCUUUUAUUUUUCUAAAUUUUUGAUAUGUUGUUACACAUAUGUCAAGGUGUUUUUGAAGGGUUUCAAAAGUUGAGACAAGUAAAAUGCCGAAAAGUUAUAUUGACCAUGGUACCUUGGUCAUUUCCCAAGUAGUCGAAGAUGACAUCCUACAGAAAAAGUGUUAAUUACAAAAAUGUUCUCCAUGGUCGAAAACGUAUUUUGGCGUGAUUUGCGGCUCUUCUACACCGAUUUUGAAAAAAAUUAUAUUUUGAUAUACCGUUCGGGCCACAAUCGAAGUACCAUAACUCCAAAACCACCCCUUUUAUUUUCGCGCAUUUUUGAUAUGUUGUUACAUACAUGUCAAAGUAUAUUUGAGAGGUUUCAAAAGUUGAGACAAGUAGAAUGCCGAAGAGUUACAUUACACAUGGUAUCCUGACAUUUCUCAUAGCGGUCGAAGGCCGCAUCCUACAAAAAAAGUGUCAAUUACAAAAAUGUUCGCCAUGGUGGAAAACGUGUUUUGGCAAUUUUUGCGGGUCUUCUACACCGAUUUUGGAAAAAAUUAUUUUUUGAUAUACCGUACCGGCUGCCUUCAAAGUACCGUAACUCCAAAACCACCCCUUUUAUUUUCGCGCAUUUUUGAUAUGUUGUUACACCUAUGUCAAAGUAUUUUUGAGAGGUUUCAAAAGUUGAGACAAGUUCUCUGCAAAAAAGUUACAUUCAAUAUGGUACCUUGGUAUUUUUCAAAGUAGUCGAAGGCAACAUCCUACGGUAAAGUUGUCAAUUAUGAAAAUGUUCCCCAUGGUCAAAAACGUAAAACAGCGAGGUUUUGCGCUUUUACUCCUCGGGGUUUUUACACACGAACCCAAUCUUUCUAAAAAUUGUACCUACCGUAACCCCCGUAUACGGUUAUUUCAGAAACUAAAAAUUCGUACUGACGUUCAGCUAUCAUAGUACAACAACUAUGCAAAAUAUCAAAAGAUUCUAAGUUGGUCGUUUUUUCGAAAUGUCCGGCCCUUGUUAUGAGAAGCUUCAAUCUGUAAAAAACUCUCUUUUAAAAAAACAGGUUUUUCGAAGGAAAAUAGAGAGUCAUGGGGGAAGAAGUUUUUCGUCUGACGAAAACUCCUCAUUUUACGUACUCUCUCAAAAAAAAGAUCGUAGUUCUCGGCUGCCGUUACAAAGUGUAAGCUAAAACUCCUUUGAAUAUCAAAAAACUUAUCGGAAAACUUGACUAACAGGUGAAGCGCUUCAAGUGCAACGCUCAGACCUUGGUGAAACCAGACGCAAAUUUAGAGGUAGAGAGUUUUAGGUCGAACGUUGGAAAAAAUGUGAAUUUUUUUUUUGAGAAUUUUGGCACAAAAAGUUCCAUACCUAUUUCCUCUGUAGAGAAUAAUAUUUUUAUAAAAAAAUCAACUUUUUCAAUGCGGAACUGGCAGAGAUGUGGCCAAGAAAGUGUUUUUAUUUCUGACCGCACUCAACGUUUCGCGUACUCUCUCGGCCACCAAUAUCGUUCAAUAUCUCGGUUCCGCCUGCAAAUCGCGAGCUAAAAAUUUCAAAAAUUGACGUUAUGUGACCGAUAAUUUUAUGUUAGUCACUACAACUAGGGAAAUCAAAAAACGUAUUUUCAAUCCCAUUACCAAAAAAAUUCCUAUCUUUUUAAUUUCAGCCCUCUUCGGAGCUCCCAAAGAAAUAAUGAACAUCUACUUGUGUCUUCUAAAGCUCCACCACAACCGCUGUGAUCCAGAGCGCCCACAAUUGUGCACAAAUGCCGUCCGAGUGAUGAACGAAGCCUUGGCCGACCAUUUCGGGCUUCGCUUCGCCUACUCGGCCUAUCGAAAAUACUAUUUGUCCAGAGCAGCCGACCUUCAUCGCACACGAGAAUUGAACUUCCUAACUGAUGACCAAUUAUUUUUUGUGAGUUGGGCCCAGUUGGUUAUUCAGUUUCCGAACUGGCGAAAAUACGAUGGGACCGAUCCCCAUCCACCGGCCGAACUGCGAAUCGAACAAACUGCGGCGAAUUUCCCGGCAUUCGCAAAUGCUUUCAAUUGCAAGGCGAAUACGACGAUGAAUCCGGAUAAGAAAUGCGCGUUGUUUAGAAAUGAAAAUUAA